AUGACAGGUCCUUUUCCACCUCUUGACAAGACCAAGCCCUCCGCCAUUGCCUCUGCCGCUGCAGCGCCGCAAAUGGUCGGGCCCAGUGUCCUCCCUUUAGCAGCUCAGUUUCAUAACCCUCAUAACCCUUUUCUUUUUCAGUGGCCUUCAGCUCCUGUCACAGACACUAGCGCAAAGCUAUUGCAGCUAGCAGCACAGGCUAAUCCAUGUCAACAGUCUCUCUACCCAUUAGGUUACAACCCCGCCCACAUACAGCGGCAUGCAGAUUUACGAUCUCAAACAGGCGUGGGCCUGCCUCCAUUUGCAGCUCAAGCCCACACUUCAUCCUUUUAUCCUUCACACCUUCCAACUAACUGUCAUUUUCAAACCACAACAGGUCACUCAAGCCCGAUGCUGCCGACGACAUACGCAGCCCCAAAUUAUACCCUUCCCAGCUCUUCUGCACAAACUAAAUCACCUUACUCUCUCUUCACAGCUACUCCGUUGCCCGCGGCGUCCAAUGCAGUUGCCAUGGAACCCCCACCAGUAUCUAAAAACAUCCGUGCUCUGAUCCUCUCAGAAAUUCAGGAUGCUGGCUCCAGAGGCGGACAAAUCCCCAACUUCAGUACCUCACUAUUCGCGACCAAUAUUCCCAUAACCCACCCGCUAAAACCCCUCCUCGAUGCAUCGCUCGACACCAUCCUCCGAGCAGUGUCUCCCAGGACCCUCCAAUCUUACGUGACCGCUUGGAGAAACUUUAGAGCAUUCCACAUCUCCUAUAACAUGCCGUUCCCCGAUUUCUCUCUCCUUUCUAUCACCUCGUUUAUUUCCCACCUUAAUACCAUUAAAGGCCUCCAAGUAGGAUCCAUUAAAGGUUACCUGAGCGGCAUUCAGUUUUUCCAUAAACUAAUUUACGGCGCUCCCUCGCAGGAGAUAAAUAAUUCUCAAACCUCCCUCCUGCUUAAAGGUAUUCAAAGAUCCCAGCCCACCCGACCCGACACCAGACAACCGAUAACACUAGACAUCCUCAACAAAUGCAUUCGUACCCUCCGCACAGGCUACCAACCUCUCAAUACCGCGCGAACACUCGACGCCAUGUUCAUCCUAGCCUUUUUCGGCUUUCUUAGAUGCUCAGAACUUGCUAUUACUUCUAAAUUCAACCCAAGAAACAACCCUACUAUCUCAGACUUAUCAGUACUAGAUGGAGAAACAAUCUCCUUUUUGAUUAAACAAAGUAAAACUGACCAAACCAAAAAAGGCCAUUUUAUCUAUAUUUUUAAUCUUCCGUCGCCAAUCCAUCCAUACCAGUCAGUUCGGGCAUAUCUUCAAUGGAGAAGCUCCCAAGCCAAAUCUCCUGCAGAACCCCUGUUCAUAGAUGAAUCAAAUAAACCCGUGACACGCUUUUGGUUCCAGAAACACCUCAAAUCUGUCCUCCAGCAGUCAGGUUUCCCAACAGAGCGCUUUUCAAGCCACUCAUUCCACAUAGGGGCCGCAACUACAGCAGCCCAAAAAGGCCUUUCCCAACAUCAGAUCCAAGCUCUCGGGAGAUGGUCCUCAGAUGCUUUCCAAAGCUACAUCAGGACCAACCGUUUUCAUAUCAAAAAAGCCCACCAAAGCCUCAUCGACUAAAACCCUCUGGGCCACUCAGCAGGGUUAGCGAGCAUUGGUCUCCCAGAUGACACAGCGAGAAAUCUCCUGGGCAAACACUAAUUUUUCUUUUCUGUUUUU